GCAGUAUCUCACGACUCGUCUCGUCAGGGUCUGAAUCAUUGUUGGGAAGGCGAGUAGUUCUAGGCGUGCAUAAUCAUCACCAAUUCUGCUGCUGCGCUUUCGUCGUUGCUGAGAGUUAUGCCAAAGUUUGUGAGUAACUUGUUCAGGGGUGCCUUCUUGGCUAUCGCCUGUUGCUUGAUGGCGGCGUUUCCAGCCACCGACGCCUAUCCGUUCGAGCCGUUUGCGAAAGAGAAAACCCCCAGUCCUCCUCCCACUCCAGCUCCCACUACAACACCACUCAAGGCUGGGGUUAAGGGCAAGGGUGGAGACGAGCGGAGGCCGGAGACCUUGACGGUGAAGGUGGAAUGCCACCCGGACUACAUGGCCAUUGAGAUGGAUGCGGAUCUACUGGAGUUGGGGUUCGCGGUGGACUUCAGGGAUCUGCGUCUGGGCAAGAGCGAGGGUUCUGGAGAGAGCUGCAAGGCGUAUCCCACCCAGCCCGGCAAGUACAUGAUUGCUGCAGCGUUAACUGACUGUGGCACCCUGCACCAGAUCACAGAAGAGUACCUGCUGUACUCCAACACCCUGGAGUAUGCCCCCGCCCCCUCUGCUGAUGGUGUGGUCCGAGCCCAGCCAGUCUCCUUCUCCAUUGAAUGCUAUUACAAAAGGAAGUUUGAGCUCAGCAGCAUCUCUGUGCAGCCCACCUGGAUCCCCUUCAUGUCCACGCGCGCCCACGAGGGACAACUAGACUUCUCCCUCAUACUCAUGACUGAUGACUGGUCGGCAGAGCGGUCCCCAGGCGUCUACUUCCUGGGUGACUCUCUGCACCUGCGGGCGUCUGUGCAGCAAUUCCACCACCACCCUAUGAGAGUCUUCGUCAGCGGCUGCGUGGCCACACUCACCCCUGACCCCACCUCCCAGCCCAGCUACGACUUCAUCCAGAACGAUGGGUGCCUGAUGGACAGCUACCUGACGGGCUCUGAGUCCCACUUCCUGCCUCGUCGCUCCCCAGGAGAGCUGCUGCUCGCCCUUGACGCCUUCCGCUUCCACGACGACGAACGCUCUGAGCUCUACAUCACCUGUCAGCUGAAGGCCGUGCCAGUCGACCUGGACGAGACUACGGGCCGGGCUUGCACCUUCGCAGACGAUGGCUGGCUGUCUGCUGAUGGUAACCAUGGCGAGUGCAUGACCUGCCUCCAGAACGACGAGCCAAUCUCAAAACAGUCGUCCUCCAGCAAAAGAAGCCCCGCCCCCUCUUCCCAUUCCUCUACCUCAUUGGCCACUGGCCAUAGUUCUGAUGCCAAAUGGGGCUAUGGCUAUGAUGGAUCCUCUGUCCAGACUUCUGAUUCUAGAAGGCAACAAGUAGGCUACUUCCAGCCCCGUGCUGCAGGUGGCAGUAAGGAUGCCGCCUUGGCACGCACUCCUCUGGUUUUAGAGAAGGAAAAGAGCGUUGGUCCCAUCACCGUUCUAAAGCACAAGAUUCCUCAGACUCCCGAGGCCAUUCAGACCACCUACACCGAACAAGAAACCAAAUCCUCCAAGAUGGGACCACGCAGCACCUCUCCUCUUGCCAAGGAGCUCAGCAAACCAGAUGACAAAGAUGAUGGAUUUGCCAGCCAGUUCAUUGACCUGUGGAAAAAGCGAGCUUCUCCAAAAGACUGGGCGGAGAUGAUGGCUCUGCUGCAGCAGGCUUCCCAAGAUCCUCCCUCUGUGUCCAGCACCACCACUGCUGCAGAGGGCCCCAAGACCCACGACCUUCCAGACGUACAGGACCUGAUCAAGGUAGAGUUGUCGGCAGACUUCCCCACAGGCCCCAUACUGCCCACCCCAGCUCCUCCUCCUGCCAAAGACAUGACCAUGCCGGGAGCUCCAGCUGACAAACCUUAGCCUGACUGAAGUCCUUGUGGUGUGAAACAAAUAAAUGUCCCAAACUAA